GGUGCAUUUUAAAUUCACAGAUACUCAAAUACAAAAUGGCGCAAUAGAGAUGUGCUGUUAAUGCAAGUGAAACGAAGGGAGGAAAAUAAUUUAUUUUUCUACGUGUAAGACGACUGAAAUUAAUAAUUUUGAAAAUGUCUAUGCGACCUGAUGAUCAUAGGAGAAAAUGGAACAGAGAAGAGUACGAAAGAAUAGCGCUUCAGCGUCUUCAGGAUGAGAUAGCUGAAGAAGAGUUGGGAAUUCCAAAACAACCUGCAGUAAAAAGAGAGUUGCUCAAACAAAGGGAUUAUAAAGUUGAUCUUGAAUCUAAAUUAGGAAAAAGUGUUGUUAUUAAUAAAAAUACACCAUCAUCACAAACUGGAGGGUACUACUGUAAUGUUUGUGAUUGUGUUGUCAAAGAUUCUAUCAAUUUCUUAGAUCACAUCAAUGGCACAAAACAUCAACGUAAUUUGGGUAUGUCAAUGAAAAUAGAACGAUCUACAUUAGAGCAAGUUAAAGCACGCUUUGCAACGAACAAAAAGAAAUUAGAAGAAAAAAAGAAGGAUUAUGAUUUAGAACAGAGAGUAAAAGAAUUAAAGGAAGAGGAAGAGAAGAUAAAAGAGUACAGAAAGGAGAAGAGAAAAGACAAGAAAAGAAAAAUUGAAGAAAUCAAUGAAGAUAAUGGUGGACCUUCAGAUGAAAUGGCAGCGAUAAUGGGUUUCUCAGGAUUUGGUUCUAAAAAAAAGUGAUAAUGAGAUAUUAUCGGAUUAUUUGAUAAAAAAUUGCCUUCUGAAGAUGUAUCUUAAGAAAAGACUAUGGUGUUAUUAAUUUCUUAAGAAAUGUUUCAUUUGAGAAUUAACAUUGAACACUACAAGAUCAUGGAUGAAAAAGACUGAUCUUAUUAUAAAGAUUUAUCUUUGAUAUCAAUAUUUCAGUUUCAAUAUAAUUUAAUUUACUUCCUUUUUCUUGCAUGACCAGUGUUUAAAUGAAUAGAUAAUUUCUAUCUGUAUCUGAUAUAACGAGCAGCAAUUCAUUUCUUAAACACAAUGAAAGUAUGUUGAUUUAGCAUAUAAAUCAAUAAAAUCACUAUGGAAAUUAUGUUGAUUUAGCAUAUAAAUCAAUAAAAUCACUAUGGAAAUUAUGUGAAAUAGCUUUAGCCUUAUGAGUCACUUGUCGUUAAUGUAUUCUAGAUUUACUGCAAUACUAAAAUUAAGCUUUGUGAAGUGUAUUUACAGUUUUCCUGGACCAGGAAUGUAAUGAACAUUAUUUAAACAAUGUUGUAAUUGUUUGUAAUCACUAUGGAAAUUAUGUGAAAUAGCUUUAGCCUUAUGAGUCACUUGUCGUUAACGUAUUCUAGAUUUACUGCAAUACUAAAAUUAAGCUUUGUGAAGUGUAUUUACAGUUUUCCUGGACCAGGAAUGUAAUGAACAUUAUUUAAACAAUGUUGUAAUUUGUCAAUAAAAGUACAAGAUUUUAUAUACAUGGAAUUAUUGUGGUUAUAUAAAAGUGCAUUUACAUUACUGUACACGUGAAGUCUAUGAUAAAUAGCAAGUUUCAAAUUUUUGAUAAAACGAAAGUGGAUGCCUCUGAUUAUUUAUCUAUUAUAAAGAUUUAUCUUUGAUAUCAAUAUUUUAGUUCCAAUAUAAUUUAAUUUACUUCCUUUUUCUUGCAUGACCAGUGUUUAAAUGAAUAGAUAAUUUUUAUCUAUAUCUGAUAUAACGAACAGCAAUUCAUUUCUUAAACACAAUGAAGGUAUGUUGAUUUAGCAUAUAAAUCAAUAAAAUCACUAUGGAAAUUAUGUGAAAUAGCUUUAGUCUUAUGAGUCACUUGUCGUUAAUGUAUUCUAGAUUUACUGCAAUACUAAAAUUAAGCUUUGUGAAGUGUAUUUACAGUUUUCCUGGACCAGGAAUGUAAUGAACAUUAUUUAAACAAUGUUGUAAUUUGUCAAUAAAAGUACAAGAUUUUAUAUACAUGGAA